AAUCGCUUAAACACAAGCUUUCAGGAAGAUGGCAAAUCAAAAUUAAUAAAGCUUAAAAAAAAAACAAUCUGCCCAAGCACGGAUUUAGCUGUUUACUGAAACAUGGAGAAAAGUCAUAAGCAGCUGAUCAUGCCCGGCGCUCCGUACACCAGACUGGAGGAGGUGCCCGAGGGUCCUUCCUCUCUGGAAGAGGACCUCCACCUCAGCCUCCGUGACUCUCUGGAGUCGGACACAGAGAGCCUGGCGCAGGAGAGGAGGUACCAGUUUGAGCUUCAAAAGAGGAUUCACCAGAACGAGGGGGCGUAUGGGAGCUACGAGGAUACACCCAGAGACCACAGCAAUAAUACUGAGGAGGAGGAGGAGGAGGAGGAGGAAGGUGAUGUCUAUGAUAGUUUAGAUGAACCGACUUUCAGGCAGGUCCGAAGAGGCAGGACAACGGACAACGAAGACCAGAGAACUCCCCCUCAUCGAGGCAAGCAAGCAGUGAGGAGGACUGGUUAUGAGGAUGAUUACGCUGAGCUGCGUUACAACCCAAACUGGAGAGAAAACCUGGGAGAACCCCGGAUCAUUGCCAUGACAGGAAACCAGGAUGAAGUGCUUGGAGAAUCCUAUGGGAUGUCAGAGGAAAGUCCACGAAAACCGUGGGAAGAGGAGGAAGAGAGAGAGGGGCCAGUCUUCAAAGAUCAAAAACAUGCGGUUAAUAAACAGGCUCCCGCAGUUAGCUUUUCUGUGAGCAGAACCGAGACAGACUUGGAAACCAAACCAAAGCUGCCUUCAACACCGUACCUCAGAGAGAAGAUCCUUCAGCAAGAACCUUCAGCAUUGAACUAUGAGAGACAGAGCAAACACAAGACAGCAAGGGAACACAGAGCAAUGCGAAACCACAGACAGCCAGAGCCGCCACGUGAGUACCACAGGGAUUCUGUGGGUGCUGCGGAAAUCGACGAAGGAAUGAAUUUCAUGGAUCAGCAGUCGGAACGCAGCAAUGGUGCCGUAGAAAACAAAGAGCAGGCCCACUAUAGUGAAAAGCGCGCUCACAAAUCUAAUGUGAAACAAGUGAAGCCCAGGGAGGACUUUGUGGAAAGAAACAAAGUCACUCUUGGCAGGAAUGCACCAAAGCAGGGCUCGUAUCUGCACAAGCACAGUCAGAAGAGAGACACAGGCAGUCAGCCACAGGAGGUGCUCCGAGCAACCGAAGAGCCUCGCAGCAUUGGCAGCCGGGAGAGUCCAGAGGAAGUCUUGGACCCUGAGGACAGAUGGCAGCAGAGAGCGCAGGAGCUGCAGGUCCAGAAUAAAGUCAGAAAAGCUCCAGAGAGAGGUGGAAACAAUCAAACAGGCAGUAGAAAACCGCCCCGCCCUCCAGACUCCCAGAAUCACCGUGGCAGACAGCGCCAGAGAGUCCCUGUGGAUGUCCCUGAAAACAGGCAUCAAUUUCCAGAAAGCCACCCCUACCACAGCAGCCCUGCUUAUGCUGAUGUUCUAGUCAUUGACAACUUGGAUUCCCACCAGACGUCACCAUUAGGUAGCUACAGUUCCUCCAUGGCAUCCGCUAUGAACAGGUCCAGCUACACGCCCCUCAAGCAGAAGGCACCCACAGUCAACCUGAACAUUAAUCUAAACACUUCUUCAGAUUUCCUGCCUUUUGUGAGCCAGGACCACCAGCAGACCUACAUCAACCUGGCACCUCCACAUGACUACGGGGGAAAAGCUGUCUUUCAGUCGCCCCGGGCCCAUUCCAAGCCUCGUUUUCAGGAGCACCCAAACCCCCAGGAGAGAAUCUCGCCUUGCUACCCGCAGCAGUUCUCCAGGCCUCCACUGGCCACACCGCCAAAGCCACAUCCUUCUUACAACCACUUCCAAGGUUACCAUGACCAGAUCAGCCAAGCUGUACCGCAGUACAGGGCCAGAGGGAGGCAAAGACAGGAUCCCACAGUGUGCGAUCAUCAUGAUACAAGGAAGGAUCACCACAGAGCGAGGUUCUCACCACCUCACCAGAUGCCUUCUCACCACAGGCAAAAUCUGGACCCAUGGUCUGGCCACUUAAAUCAGCCAAGCCAAUGGCCAGACGGCAGCCAGCCCCCUGAGCAGAGAGGGCAUUCCUACACAGUGCUGCCGCCCAUAGGGCACACAGCCGCCAGUGACUCCGAGCUCAGGGAGAGGGUGGGGGAGCCAAGGGGGGGCACCAUGCAGCGCAGCAGCUCCGAAGGGUACUUGGCACAAAUGGAAAAACAGAAGCAGCUCAAGGAAGGUGCAAACUACAAGGCCUACACACUGAGAGACUACAAGAACUUGAAACAGGAUGUACAGCUCGGAGGUCUUGGACAAACUCACCAGGUGUCAGAGGAAACAGCGGAGAAAAUUAAACGGCAGAGGCAUUAUUCAAAUCAGGUCAAAGAACAAAACAUGAAGAUGAAUAAAAAUCCCUACGCGUCAACAAGAAAACCUCAGAGCAACGAGAAUACUGAAGACACUCCCAGGAAAAAGGCUUUGGAAUAUGCCAGGAAUAUCCCUAAGCCCAAACCACCCCCACAGCCUAGGGGUGCAGCAGAGAAACUAACCAAGAGGGGCUUAACUGAGCAUGCCCGGUAUUUGGAGGACUUAGACCUAUCCCAGCUUGCAACACUGGAGAUGCUACAGAGGCGCCACGAAGAGGAGAAGCAAAUAGUGUCCACUUUCAAAGCGUUGCACGUGGCUUAAGAGCCCAGGUUACACAGCGCAGGCAUUGUGCAAAAGAUUUCCUGGGUUAGCUUGGUAAGUCUGCUGCCAGGAUCGUCAGCACUUACUCAAGAACAGCUUGGAACAGUGUUGGAGCACUCGGGGGUGGAGCGUGCUUUUAAUUGAAUUGACGAUACCUCCAAGAAAUCUCUUCUCUCUUAGCAAAUCAAACACACACUCAUUCUGCCUACUAAUUUGUUAGUGCUGGGACAAGCAUUUGAAUAUUAAAAAAAUGGAUUUUGAAAUAUGAAUAUAAAAUCCAUGCAAAUACAUAUUAUGCAUAAGAGUUAAAAUAUUGUUGUCAUAGCCCUUGAUUCAAGUAGUGUUUUAAUAAACGCAAUUUAUUCAAUGCACAUAUUUUUUAUAGAAAAUUAAAAAGUGUUGUUUAUAUUGUAAAAAUAUAUGUACAUUAUUAUUUUAUUUUUUUGGUAAGAGUCUAAAUUUAAUGUGUAUAAUAUUCAGGGAAAAUGUAGGCAAUAAUAUUGAGUUAUUCUGUUGUAAUUAAACUGCUGUUUUGUGUGUGUGUGAAAAACUUUAGGAUUAUUGAGUUCAAUCCAACUUCUUAAAAUAACACAGGCUUAUUUCUAAAGCUCAUUAUACAGUGUUUGAACAGAACAUUUUAAAUUAAGCUAUUUGGUGUUCCAUAUGAUACUGUGACACUUUGUAAUGGA